AACCUUUACAGGUUGACUUUAUAUUUAUAUCUCUAAUCAUAGAUUAAGCCGAAAAAGGUUUAACGGAAAACAAUACUUAGAAUUCCAUAAAGUUAAAUUUUUCAUUCUUUGUUUUAAUUUUACUACUUCAGUUAUUUUUUACUUUAUUAUUUCAUAAAUAAGUAUUAAUAAAGUAUGUGUUAUUUCUUUUUUAAUUAUUAUUUCAGGCAGUUAAUCGAGUAAUGAGUAUUAAAUUACAGUGAAUUUUAAUCAUAGUACUUUAUUAUUAGAUAAUUAAGAAGUUUGGUAUUUUGAAUUUAUAGUUUAUAAAUUGUAUUACUAAGACAUCAAAAAAUGAAUAUAUCAAGAAGUCUGGAUAACUCUUCUGUAUCUAUUGCUAAUCAGUCUAUUGCAACGAAAGAAAGCUUAGAGCUUUCGGGGAAAAUGCUGGAUAAAUUUUUUUUAGUGGAUGAUUCAUUUCCAACAUUAUUUGACAAAAUGCAUAUAGUUAAUAACUGCCAAAGCGUUAGUGGUUCAACUGAAUAUGAUUACCCAAAAGACUCUUUAGGGUUCCCUUCAAUUACACCUUUAAAAUUACGGCACAAAAUACCAUUACCUGGCACUCUACUGGAGCAAUGGAAUGAUGCUCAAAAUUUCCAUCGCAAAUUAGGGAUAUUUCCUGAAAUUAACAGAGUUUGGGUAACUAUUGAUCAAGAGUUUUUCUUAUGGGACUAUGAUGAAGGGACAGAUUUAUCUUAUUUUGAUGGAAUGAGUUCAACUAUAUUUGCUGUAGCACUUGUUCUACCUAAAACCAAUGUUUUUCAAGCUCAUAUAAAACAUUUAUUAGUUUUAGCUACUGGAUUGAAAAUUGCAAUAUUGGGUGUAACUUUUAAAAAAAUUGCUAAUCUUGAAGGCAGAACAAUUGAACAAUUAGAACUUACUACGGAUACUAUUUAUGAGGUUCCCACUGAAGGAAUGAUAACUUCCACAAUUGUUGGGACAAACAGUGGUCGUAUAUUUCUUGGAAGUGAAGAUGGAAAUCUCUUUGAAAUUGAAUACUGGAAAGAUUUAGGUUGGUUUUCUAUUGGAAAUGGGAGACGCUGUAAAAAAGUUUGUCAUUCAGCUGGAACUUUAUCAUAUAUUAUACCAUCAUUUUUGUCUUAUGCUAUAACUGAACCUUCUGCUAUUAUUGAAAUAGCUGUUGAUAAUAUUAGACAUAUUAUUUAUACAUUAUCUGAAAAUAGUACAAUAGAAUUAUAUGAUUUAGGAUAUGAUGGAAAAUCUACCAGUCGUGUGGUUUCUUUAUCAUAUUCUAAUCUUGAACAUCAAGUAUCUAAAAUGCUUAGAACUCUGGAAGUAGCUCAAGUGACAACUCUUAGCAGCAUUAAAGUUAUUGAAGAGACUGAAUCAUCUAAUAUUCAUCUUAUGGCAGUUUCUAAAUUUGGAUUUAGGCUAUACUUUUCAACUGGAAUAACCAGUUCAACCAGACCAUUUACUUUGCAGCUUUUACACAUUCGUUUACCACCAGGCUAUAAUAGAUCCAUUGGAGAACCAAAACCAAGUAGUGUUCAACAUGUAUUAUAUAAUAGAGGUACUGUAUUAAUGGCAUGUGAAACUGAUAUUACUAAUUAUAGACCAAUGUUAUGGUGCAUUUCACCAGAUGAAUAUGCUUUUAGUCCUAACUUUAGUGAAAGAUAUUUCAUUUCGGAUUUAGAUGUUUGUCCUUUAUCUUUGGAUAAUAUUGGACCAAAUUUAUUAAUAUAUAAUGAUCCAGGUGUACCACAACCUCCGCUUAUAGUUCGUCAACAGUUUGAAAAUCGCCAAGAAUACAUAACUCUGGCACCUCAGGGACUAGAGAUAUUUGAAAUGUUGCGUCCUUAUGAUACACUUUGUGAGUUAUUAGCAGCUAGUCAGGGAUCCGAAACUGAUGCUAUCAAGAGUUAUUUUAAAACAUUUUCUGAUGAUCAAGCUUGUGUAGCUUGUCUUACAAUUAUUUGUGAUCAAUCAUUAAAAAAUAUUAAAAUAAAAGAGUAUGCUACUCGUGCAUUUUUUAAUCAUGGUGGUGAACCAAAAUUAGUCACCGAAAAUCUUCAAGAUACAUUAAAUGAUUCAAAAAGGUUUAUACAAAACAAUUCAUCAAUGAUUAAUCAAACAAAUAUAACAAAUCUACCUUUUGAAACAACAUCAGUCCAAUACUCAUCUAAACAUAAUGGAUUAUACUUAUUUGUUAGUCGAUUACUAAGACCUUUAUGGAACAUAAGAGCUGUGAAUAUGGAAACAACUGAUGGAAAAACUUAUAUUGUUAAUACCGUGUCUCCUGAUGACUGUUCAUUUGUGGCAAGUCACUUGCAAACUUUACAUUCUUUCAUGAACAAUUAUUCAAAAAUGUUAGCUAGCUAUUCGAAAAUUUCAAAUGAUAUAUCCAGACGACCAGCAACACAAGAUGCUUAUCAGUCAGAGUCAAAAUCAAUUGAAUGCUUAAAGCAAUUGGUUACACGUAGUGCUGAAGUAUUUAAUUUAUGGAAAUUGUUAAGUGAACAUCAAUUUUAUAUAAUUGCUAACAAACUAAAUGAUCAAGAAAAAGUUAUUCUUGAAAAUGUGAUUUUCAAAGAUUUAGUACUUGUUCAUCAAGAAAUGUGCCAGAUAUUAGUACAAAAACUUUUGGAUAUGUAUUUAAAUGAAAGUUCAUCUGUGGAAUCAAUUAGUACUAAAUUACGUCAAGUUUGUCCAUCUAUAUAUCAAUCUGAAGAUGCUGCAUGUGCUAAAGCUUCAGAAAUGAUUAAGUUGGCGCAGUCCACAAUUAAUGAAGAUGAACGUAAACGAAUUUUAUACCAAUCACUUGUGGUUUUAAAAGAAGUUGCACCUAAAUUAAAUUUAACAUCUGUGUGUCUUCAAUACACAAAUUGUGCUUAUAUGGAAGGUGUAUAUCAGAUGUGUAGAGAAUGUGCUAGAAAAACUGAUCCAAAAAAUCUAGGAGGUCAUUAUUUUAUUAACAGUAUGGUUUUAGAUAGAGAUAGUCCUGGAUAUGGUGCAUACAUGUUAAGAUUAGAUAUUUAUAAAGAAAUUAGUGCCAGCUUAGAUUACCUUUACUCAAUUAUGAUUAAAAAUCCUUCUGUGGUCAUUCCUACUAGACCUAAUAUAGUUUCUGGAAUAUUGGAAAAUUCUGCACUAACUCCAGAACAAGCAUCUAAUUUGAUAUCAGAGUUAAUUAAAUUAUGUAUUACAUGUGAAGAUGAAAUUAUGCACACUGUUGUGUAUAGGUGGUUAAUUGAUAAAAAAUUGAUCAGAGAAACAAUUGAAAUGGGAAAUCAUAGUUUAGAAAAAUUCUUGUUGUCUCAGUCUAGAAGUGACGAUUCUAAUAAUUAUAUCAAAGAUGUACUUUGUAGAUAUUAUGAGUAUAAUGGUAACUAUAAUGAGGCUGCUGAAGUUUUAGCAUCACUUGCAAAAAAACCAGAAGGUGGUUUAAAUCUAAAUGAUCGUUUGAUGUAUUUGGGAAGAGCAAUGGCAUGUUUAAGAAGUAAAAAAUUGAGUACACCAGCUUUAAGUGCUACAAGUCUUAGAGAAGUUGAAGAUUUAUUACAAGUAGCAGAAAUUCAAAAAAUGAUAUUAGAUUUGAUAUCAUCUUGCCAAAUUGAUGGAAAAAUUGAUAUUAUUGAAAAACUGAAUUGCAGACUGUAUACAUUAGGUGAUCUCUAUAGUCAAUUUGCUGAGCCAUAUAAAAUAUGGGAAGCACAACUAGCAAUAUUCCAACUAUCUAAUCAUGAUGAUCGUGAGUUAAUAAAUCAAAUAUGGGAAAAUAUAUUACUUAAAGUUGUUGAAGAUUGUGGUGAUAUUGGAGAACAUAACAAGAUGACUAUUGCUUUAGAAAAAGUCAAAUCAUUAGCCAGUUCUCAUCCUAUUAAUUCUUCUACUUUUGAUUUAGAAUAUGUAACUACCAUGUUAGAAUAUUUGAACUGUAACUUGGGCGGUGACUUAGAAUAUGUCUACACAACAAUGUUGUCUGUUGGGGCCCCAAUUGAAUCUCUAGUAUCAAUUUACAAAAAAAUCUAUUCAACUAAUGAUCCACGCUGGCAAAAAACUAGUGAAUUACAUGUUUUAGAAGUUAUUAUGAGCUUAGCUCGUUACUACCUACAAAAUGUUGAUUUAUGGCCUUCAGGAAUGCAAAGAAGAUCAAUAGCAGUUAAUUUGUUUGAUUUGUUAGUUAUUUGCCAAAAUAUGUUAUACAGUCGCUUUGCUCAAAGUCCAUUAAUUGAAGGUGUCAUAGCAAUUAAAAAUGAAUUGGAUAGCAUCAUAAAGAACUGAUAUUCCUAAAUAUAUAUUUUUCUUAAUUCUUUGUACUAUUCGUGUACUUAUAACAAUUUCAUUUUUUUGAUACUUUUUUAAUUUUUUGGUUAGUAAGCCUAGAAUUAUAAUGUUGUUUAAAUUAAAGUAAAUUGUUAUAUUUACCAUAAUGUUCUACAUAUUUUUAAAUAGAAAGAAAUUUUUAAAU